AUGGUUCUCAAGGUCUAUGGCUUCCCCGUCUCUCUCGCAACAAAGCGUGUCACUCUCAUCCUCAAGGAGCUCAAUGUCCCGUACGAGUUUAUUUUUGUUGAUUUUCCCGCCGGCGCACAUAAGUCCCCGGCCUAUAUGGAGUAUCAGCCCUUCGGUGAAGUUCCGUACAUUGACGACGACGGUUUUAUUCUCUACGAAUCCCGUGCCAUAGGCCGAUACAUCGCUACAAAGUAUGCCUCCCAAGGCCCGAAGACACCGCUUCUCCCUCAGGGUACUACCGAUCUUGUCAAGUACGCAAAGUUCGAGCAGGCAGCGAGCAUGGAGAUGGCCAGCUUUGAUCCGAGUGCGACAAAAGUCGUCUCUGAGAGGGUUGUCAAGCCGAUGUUCGGCGUCAAGACGGACGAAGAAGCCGUCAAGGCCCCCCUUGCUACACUGAACGCGAAGCUCGACGUCUACGAGAAGAUUCUUGGCAAGCAGAAGUAUCUUGCUGGCGACGAUUUGACCCUUGCUGAUCUGUACCACCUUCCGAACGGUCACUUCCUCGACGUUGGUGGCAUCGAUGCACUCACCGUCAGGCCUAACGUCGCGAGGUGGUGGAAGGACAUAUCCUCCCGACCGGCCUGGUUGGCCGUCCUGGAGGAGGUUUCAUCUUACUAACUGUCCAUCAUUUUACCUCGCCCACUCUACCUCUCCCGUGGUCUUGGGUCGUUAUACAGCCCUUCUCUCUUCUAUACAAUGCCUAAGUUACCUGUCCCAUAUGUCGCACCCAUCUCAGCAGCCAUUAUAAUAAUGUCCACUAGUCUCAAACUGUCUUUUCGGCAGAAUGACUCGGAUAUAAAUUUAUUGGAUGAGCGGCACUGAAUUUAUGGUCAACAAGGGCAAUGGCAAGCAGACCG